GGCAGAUCCCCUGGCAACCCGCGCCCCGGCCAGCGGGGAAUUAAAGUUUAAUUCCCGGGCGCCCGGCGAGCUGGGGCAGGACGCGAACCGGGCGAGCUGCGGGCUCUGCUCCGAGCCGGGCCGGGCUCAGGGCGAGUGGCUGCUUCCCUGCCCCGGCGGCUCCGGCUCUUGGAUCUGGUGCCUUGACAGGUGCCCAGGCUCGCCCGAGCUCGCCGCCGGCCCCGGAGAACCUGCUCCCCGGGCCAUGGAGAAGUAUGAAAAAAUUGGCAAGAUCGGCGAAGGCUCCUACGGGGUGGUGUUCAAAUGCCGGAGCCGGGACACCGGCCAGAUCGUGGCGAUUAAGAAGUUCCUAGAAUCGGAAGAUGAUCCGGUGAUAAAGAAAAUCGCCCUGCGAGAGAUCCGGAUGCUGAAGCAACUGAAGCACCCCAACCUGGUCAACCUGCUGGAAGUCUUCAGGAGGAAACGGAAGCUCCACUUGGUCUUUGAAUACUGUGACCACACGGUUCUCCAUGAGCUGGACAAGUACCCGCGGGGGGUCCCAGAGCAUCUCGUGAAGAGCAUAACUUGGCAGACCCUCCAAGCUGUCAACUUUUGCCAUAAACACAAUUGCAUACAUCGGGAUGUGAAGCCAGAAAACAUCCUAAUAACUAAGCAUGCGGUCAUUAAACUUUGUGACUUUGGAUUUGCUCGCAUACUAACUGGACCUAGUGAUUAUUACACAGACUAUGUGGCUACCAGAUGGUACCGUUCUCCUGAGUUACUUGUAGGAGAUACUCAAUAUGGCCCUCCUGUGGAUGUCUGGGCAAUAGGCUGCGUCUUUGCAGAGUUGUUGUCAGGCGUCCCCUUGUGGCCUGGAAAAUCAGAUGUGGACCAGCUGUACCUAAUCAGGAGAACCUUGGGGGAUCUUAUUCCCAGGCAUCAGCAAGUAUUCAGCACUAAUCAGUUCUUCAGUGGGGUGCAAAUUCCAGAUCCAGAGAACAAGGAGCCACUAGAAUUGAAAUUCCCUAACACUUCAUAUACUGCGCUAGGACUAAUGAAGGGCUGCCUUCAUAUGGACCCUGCUGAGAGGCUCACAUGUGAACAGUUACUGCAACAUCCAUACUUUGACAGCAUGAGAGAAGCAGACUUGGGAAGGGAGCAUGAAAAAGCCGCUCGGAAACCAACCCGGACAACUCGAAAGCACGUGCCAGGGUUACAGUACCUGCCUCAGUUAACCAGCAGUAACAUUUUACCAGCUUUGGAUAACAAGAAGUACUAUGGCAACGCAAGAAAAUUAAACUACCAUUUCCCCAACAUCUAACAAGAUGGCAAGUCACUACUAAGAGAGCUAUUUAUUGUUCAAAGUGCAAGCCUUCAACAAUUUCUAAAAGGAAGACUUAAGGUGAAAAACUAAAUUAAUAUAAAUUUUACAAUAGACACAUAAGUGAUCUCUGAAGUUAGUUUGUGAUGGGUCACCAAUGGAAGGAAACCUCUGCAUAGAGAGCUCAGAGCUGCAUGCUAAUCAGUAUUCUAUGUAUAAAGGAGAACACAACUGUUUUGUUUUUGUUUUGUGACUUUAAUAAACCAUGUUGAGUGCCUGUAUUCAAGACUUUGCAGUAAAGUCAUAAAGCAUGCCAAAUAAAUUUGUUUCAGAAAGUCCCAUUGUGUCAAAGAAUUAAAAAUAAUGAAAAAAUAUACUAUAUAUUACACAGCACUAGAUAGUUGAAACACCUAUGCAUAUGCAUAAUUUUAUUCACAUGAGCAGGCCCAACAGUGGGACUUUCUUCUGAGUAAAGUUUUUUUUUUUGUUUUUUUUUUUAAUAAGUUACUUGUGUGAGUUUGUAAGAAUAGGGCUGGAGACUGUUCAGCUAAUUGCAGCAUUCACUCAAUUGGCUGAACACGGUAAAAUAUAUUUUUAAAGUGCAAAUAAGGUGUUAGGAACAUUAGACAAGUGUAAUGUAAAUGGAAUGGAAUGCCCAACAGACUACAGCAUUGUCACUGAUGGUGGGGACAAUAAAAUAGAUACAUACUCUUUUAGUAAAACCUUGCUGUUGCUUUAGAAUAUGUUUUUAGGUUUCCACUGCCUUUCUCUUUCUGGCAUUACCAAGAGAUUUCACUUGUUGUUUGGUCAAUACCAGAAACUGCUCACCUGUGGUUUAUUAUACUAGAAAGGAAUGAGCAGGAAGGCCUCCUAAAUAUCUAUACUAGGAUAAAUCUCAUUUCUUUGUAUAAUCUCAGGAUGUAAUACUUUAUUGGUUUUGAAUAAAAUUAA